UGUAUUUGAAUUUUAUUAAGUUUAAACUGAACCUUGCAGUGGUGUUCGAUUAAGAGCAAACUGCAAUAAAUUGUGUAUUAUUUUCAUUUUAUGCCGUUACGUUAACCCGAAGUUAAUAGAAAUUUUUUUUCUGACUAUUUUCCUAGUCAAAACGGCAUCUGAUAAAAUUUGAAGCUAUUGUAUAUCAUCAAACUAUCGCCAUGAAGAAGGGACCAUUGAUGGCAAGGCACAUCAAGCAAGAGGACUGUUUAUCUCGGGGCUCUAGUCCGAAAGAAAUCUCUUUAGAAAUACUGGAUCCAAAAACAAGAAAGAGAUACAUUCGAGGGAAAUUUCUUGGCAAGGGUGGUUUUGCUAAAUGUUACGAGCUACAAGAUAAAGACACAAACAAUGUGUAUGCGGGGAAAAUUGUACCGAAAUCCAUGCUGACAAAACCGCAUCAAAAGGAGAAGAUGGCGAUGGAAAUCGACAUUCAUCGCAAGCUAAAUCACAAACAUGUCGUUGGUUUUCAUUGCUUCUUCGAAGACGAAAACUUCAUAUAUAUUUUACUGGAAAUUUGUCGAAAAAGGUCUUUGAUGGAGUUGCACAAGAGGCGAAAGGCGUUGACAGAACCCGAGGCUCGAUAUUACAUGAGCCAAAUUCUCGUAGGAUGCAUGUAUCUUCACGAUGCAAAAAUCAUCCAUCGAGAUUUGAAGCUUGGAAACUUGUUCCUUGACGACGACAUGAACAUAAAGAUAGGGGACUUUGGUCUUGCCACAGUUGUGCAAAGCGAAAAAGACAGGAAGAGAACUUUGUGUGGUACGCCCAACUACAUUGCUCCUGAGGUGUUAAGCAAGAAAGGUCACAGUUUUGAAGUAGAUGUGUGGUCAUUGGGCUGUAUAAUGUAUACACUGUUGGUUGGCAAACCACCUUUUGAAACUUCUUCACUCAAGGAAACAUACAGUCGUAUAAAACGAAAUGAAUAUUACAUUCCCUCCAAAGUCAGCCCUGUUGCUCAGAAACUAAUUGUAAAAAUGUUGAGACCUGAUCCCUCAUGUCGACCAACUAUGCAUGAAAUACGUCAAGAUGAGUUUUUCCGUUCUGGGUAUCUUCCUUCAACUCUCCCAGCGAGUGCUCUUUCCAUGGCUCCACGCUUUAAUCCCUCUGCAUCAAUUUUGGAAUCUAAAGCAAUCACAGCAAAGGAUGCACAUUGCAUUGACUCCAAGACAGGAGGGCAGAGGCGACCUCUAUUUGAACUGAACCAUCUGCAGCCUGCUACAUCAAAACCAGGCCAGGUGGAAAAUCGUAGACGAUCACAUGCAAUGCACGUGAUCAAUGGUGAAAGCCACGUUAUGACAAACGAAGAGGCCAAGAAGCACGGCUUGGGCGACGACGAGGGUGAACAAAUACCCAGUGAUUUUUAUCUCUCUGAUUUGCUGAAGCAAUUGGUGACGUGUCUUACGUCAAAACCUACGCAAGUUACCAGUGCCAGGCCCACCAUCAACCCAGACGAUGCAGAAGAUCCCGCAAGUAAUCCAAUAUUUUGGAUCAGUAAGUGGGUGGAUUACUCGGACAAAUAUGGUCUCGGUUACCAACUCUGUGAUGGAAGUUUCGGUGUCCUGUUCAAUGAUGGCUCGCGACUUUUACUGAAAGAGGAUGGAGAGAAUUUGCAAUACGUCACCCGAGAGGGACAAGAGGAGCAUUGUGGUACACUCAACCAUUAUCCUGAGCAACACAAGAAGAAAGUGACUCUUCUUCAGUAUUUCAGGAACUACAUGAGCGAGCACCUCCUGCAGGCGGGAGGACCACGUGGCACCGCUGUAGAAGCCAAUCAGAUGUCGAGAUUGCCUUAUUUGCGCACUUGGUUUAGAACGCGCAAGGCAAUUGUACUUCAUUUAAGCAAUGGAAUAUUACAGGUGAAUUUCUUUCAAGAUCACACGAAAGUGAUAUUGUCGCCAUGUAUGGCGGCCAUCACGUACAUCGAUAAAACCCGCAACGCCCGAACAUUCACCUUCAAGGGCAUAAAGGAAAACGGGUGUUCUUCGGAACUCGCCGAUAGGAUGCGCUUUGCGAUGGAACGAGUUGAAGAGCUCAAACUAUCGCUGAGAAAUUACCAUCCCACGUCGAGAGAUGUUGCAAAGUCGAAGGCCGAAAAGCUUCAGGCCAUCGUGAAAAAAGUGUAGUUUGAAUAUGAAAUCCUUCGUGAAGUCCUUUUCUUUUCUUCGUUUUUUUCUCAUCGCUUGAAACGUGUUUGGUGAAUAUCGAAUCAAAGAAAAUGUUCACGUGUUAUGUCAAUGUUGAAUCUCUACAUGCAGGUCCUUCGUUGCUUUCGAUUUACAUGUGUACACAUUUCAUGCAAUGGAUGAUGUCUUCAUUUCUGUAAAUAGACAAGUACGAUUUAAUUGAAAUUAUAUUCGUCGAGGAUUGGUA